AUGUUCUCAGACAUAAUCGAAUUCAACGUCAGUGGGACCAUCCUCAGCACCACCAUCGACACCAUCUCUCACGACAAACGCUCCGCCCUAUAUCAAUGGUACAUCGAGCACAAAGGCAGUAACCAUCUCCUCAAAGACAAGAACGGUCUAUUCUUCAUCGACAGAGAUCCCGGCUGCUUUGCAAUCGUUCUCAACUACCUUAGACUUCAAAGAGCUCGACAGUUAUGGGAAGUCUGCCUACCCAAAGACCCGGACCGCUUGGCUCUGCUGACUCAAGAAGCGGAAUACUACAAGCUGCCGGUACUCCGAGAUCAAGCCAUCGCGUUGUUGCAGAGCGCCGACGAACAGGGGAACAAUUCGUACGUUAGCGAGGUUUGUUCAGUGUAAAGUAGCCGCUUUUUGUGUGGAAAGUGAGGUGGGCGCGAUGGUAUUUUUGUAGCCUUAUACGUUUAGGAGAAAAUUAGAAAGCUCACGGGUCUGGAAUUUUGCCAAAAAAAGUCAGAUUGAGCCAUUUUAUGACUUGUGUUGACUAAUCGAAAUGUUGCCUUUGAAGGUUUAGUGUCAUAGCGGUCAAACCAAACAACUAAAUGGUCCUCUAGCUAUCUAAUAUCAACAAGACGGCUUUACAACACCUAGAAAAUAUCAUUAUUCCCAGUUUGACACAAAAUUUAACCAAUACAGACUAAUUUACCUUAUACAAGGUGGGCCACUCGAACCUACCAACCUUAUUUCAGGUAUUUCUUCGCAAAUAAUGCACCAAUUUCUAUAAAAUUUACAUCAAAUUGAAGCUGAGACACCUCAUUUCUUGUCCACCAAGUAUGAGGUGUCUGAGUUCAUGGAGGCACCCGGAAUUUGACAUAAAUUUUAUAGAAAUUGAUGCAUUAUUGGCGGAGAAAUAAUGACAUAAGGGUGGUAGGUUCGAGUGGCCCACCAUGUAUAAGGUAAAUUAGUCCGUACUGGUUAAAUUUUAAGGCCAAACUGGGAAUAAUGACAUUUUCUAGGUGUUUUAAAGAAGACUCAUUGAUUUUAGAUAGCUAGAGGAACAUUUAGCUGGUAAUUUCGAGUGGCCUACCUUAUACAUGACAUCCAUAAUCUAAAAUCAAAAUUUCCAUCAAAUUUUGGGCCAAAAUCAUGCUUAGAUCAUCUAUAACACGUUUCUAAAGCACUAUUCUUUCAGUUUCUUUCAAAGAGCGCAAGCUUCUCAGCCGGCUUCGACAACCUGA